AUGUCACGCGUGACUCCAAUAUUUAAGUCCCUUUGGAUGUAUGGGCAGACCCUGGAGACGAAUCUGGAUAUGGAGGGCUAUACACCUCAGGAGGAACUCUAUGAUGAGGAAUAUCAACCUGAUGAUGAUGCAGGGAUCGGCAAUGAGGAGCAGGAGGAAUAUGACGAGCUAUGGACAGACGAACUGCGGGAGAUAGCCGCACCAGAAAUUCCUCCACCACCGCGCGUCUCCUUGAAAGACUUUCCACAACUCAAGCAUCUAACUAUUGGAGACCAUACACUAUGCUAUCUAGCUCGUGGUGCAGGAGACGGCAAGAGCCGCAUUGACUCAAAAUCUUUAAAUCUGGUUGAUCUUAUCCCGCCUACCCUUGAGUCUCUCCGGAUUUACGGGCGCGGACAAGCCAUGCAUCCAGGUGCUCCCUAUCUCGACCACAACUCUGAUCUGGAUGUCGAUACCCAAGUUGAGCAACUGGCGCGUGGAAAAAGACGCCAAACUGCCAGGACUUAA